AACAUCAUCUGCUCCAUCGUUUUCGGGAAUCGCUUCGAUUACCGGGACGCGGAAUUCCUGGAGCUGCUGCGAAUGAUGAACGAGAGCUUUCGGGAGCUCAGCACCCCGUGGUCGCAGUUCUACGAGAUGGCGGAGACCCUCCUGAAGCACCUCCCGGGCCCCCACGCCAAGAUCCCGCGGCUGCUGGGGAGGAUGAGGAGCUUCAUCGCCCGGCGGGUGCGGAGCAACGCCGCGAGCCUGGAGCCCGGGCACCCGCGCGACUUCAUCGACUGCUUCCUGCUCCAGAUGGAGAAGGUGGGGGGCCGGGCACCCCGGGGCGAUCCCGAGCACCCUGGGGUCAUCCCGGGCACCCUGCGGUGAUCCCGAGCCGGCACCGAGACGGUCAGCUCCCCCCGGAGUUACGGCUUCCUCCUGCUGAUGAAGCACCCCGCCGUGCAAGAGAAGGUGCACGAGGAGAUCGACCGGGUGAUCGGCCGCGACCGGGCCCCCAACAUCGAGGACCGGAGCCGGAUGCCGUACACGGACGCCGUCAUCCACGAGAUCCAGCGUUGCAGCGACCUCAUCCCCAUGAACGUCCCCCACGUCGUCACCCACGACACCCUCUUCCGCGGCUACCUCAUCCCCAAGGACACCGAGGUGUACCCCCUGCUCAGCUCCGUCCUGCACGACCCCGACGCCUACAAACACCCCGACGCCUUCGACCCCGCAAACUUCUUGGACGAGAGCGGCCGCUUCAAGAAGAACGAGGCCUUCGUCCCCUUCUCCUCAGGGAAGCGGGUGUGCCUGGGAGAGGCCUUGGCGAGGAUGGAGCUCUUCCUCUUCCUCACCACCAUCCUGCAGCACCUUCGCCUGCAGCCGCUGGUGCCGCCGGCGCAGUUGCCCACCACCCCGGUGGAGAGCGGCUUCGCCAACAUCCCCCCCAUCUACCAGCUCCGCAUGGUGGCCCGCUGA